GGGACGCGGCACAGCGGCGGGCGGUGAGGGGCGACGGGCAGGUGGGCCCCCGGGUCCUGCUGAGGGAGUCCGGGGGCGGAUCCAGCCUGGGUGUUCGCGUCCAGCAGAUCCCGGCCCCUCGGGAACAGGCGUUCUGUGCGCCGCCAGCCGCACUGCGAGGACUGAGCCCCUCUCAGGCAUCCCAGCCCAGGAUGGAAACAGACUAUAAUCCCAUGGAGCUGAGUAAUAUGUCAGGAUUUGAAGAAAGCUCAGAGCUCAAUGGUUUUGAAGGAACCGAGGUCAAAGACAUGAGACUAGAAGCCGAAGCCGUGGUGAACGAUGUUCUCUUCGCGGUCAAGAACAUGUUUGUUUCGAAAAGCCUGCGCUGUGCAGAUGAUGUGGCCUACAUCAACGUGGAGACCAAGGAGCGGAACAGAUACUGCCUGGAGCUCACGGAAGCAGGGCUUCGGGUGGUGGGACACGCCUUUGACCAGGUGGAGGAGCACGUGCAGAUGCCCUACCACGAGACCGUCUACUCCUUGCUGGACACACUCAGCCCCGCCUACCGGGAAGCCUUCGGAAACGCGCUGCUGCAGAGACUGGAGGCCCUGAAGAGGGACGGCCAGUCGUGACUCUGCCUCUUCCUGUGGAGGGAGCUGCUGCUGCUGCUGCUGGGCUUCGAUGCUGCCAGCGCUCCCUUUGACAUAGGAAAUUCUAGAUUUGCACAGUAAUAUAGGAAUUAGAAUUGCCCAACUUCCAGCUUGGAUGCAGCCUGCUACAUCAGGGGUUUGGACUGACUUCCUAGGGAUUAUUUGGGGACUAGCCUUACUGGAAACAAACUGUCAACUGGUUUCCCCUGCACAAAUUUUGAAAUUCACUGUUUCACCUUGUCUGUUUGUAUUACAAAUAUGGAUUGAAAAGUGAAUCCCGGGCUGGGGAUUUAGCUCAGUGGCAUAAGCACCUACCUGGCAAGUGUGGGGUUGUGAGUUUGAUCCCCAGUACCAAAAAAAAGAAAAGUGAAUCCCUUACAUAUGAUUUAACGUGUGUUAAAUGAAAAACAGGGACCAAAAUAGUUCUGUGUUCCUCGUUUGCCACAGCCAGCCAUCUAAGCAGAGAAGGAACUGUUAGCAAAUGAAUGUAAUAAUGAUACCUAAGCACAUGAGCAAAUACAGGAGCAGGCUCCACCCUCAACAAACAGCAGCCUCGCUGUGUGUGACUGCAAAGGGAGAAGCUCCUGGUUUCCCGGAAUGCAGUACUUUGACCUGUGUUGAUUCUUAUUCCGAAUGUCUGUUUACAUGAUGUACAGUGUAUAUGCAGAAAGUAUUUUUGCUCCCACGUUUCCUUUCUACAACGCGCGGCUUUGGUAUUCCGCGAACCCCUCCCCACCUCCCCUCCGUGUGCAGUGUACUGUGAGUGGACCGUGUGAGUUCAGACCCACGGAUGAGUGCAGUGUUCAGAGACUUCCUAUUUGACAAAGAGAUCCUCUGUAUUUUCUAUUUUGUUACCAGCACUGAUAUUUAUAAACUUAAACCACUUGACCAUGCUGCUGCAUGUUUUCAAGUACAUACUGAACAGUAAAGAUUGAGUUGUUUUCUUAACAGUCAUUGAAAGCAGGUGCUUUAGAAUACUGAACUAGAGCCCUGCACCCAGACACACCUUCAUCAGUUUAUCAUCCGCAGGGCAUUUCGUCAUUAUUUUUUGAAAAUAGACAUUUUAGGCUCUGAGUUCCUGCGAAGGCUGGAGGUGCAGCUCAGUGGAGAGGAUUUGCCUGACGGGUGCGAGGCCCUGGGUUCAGCACCCUGCACAAGCAGAGAAGAUAGAUCAGGUGGGACCACAGCACACCAGAGCUGUUUGCAUUGCCCCCACGGUCACGUGUCAUUGCAGUGCUUUGUGUUGGUGACUGUGUUCCUUCUCAGCUUUGUGUUCAGAUGCUUUCCCAUUUGGGCAGUGAAGUCUAACCAGGUUGACCUUUCUCAUGCUUCAUUAAUCUCAGGCUAACUGUAAAAGAUAUUUGUAAAGUUCGAAUAAAAUCUGUUUACUCAUACUUGAGUUAAGUAUGAAGAAAAGCACUUGUAUCUUUAAAAACUGAAAUUAUUCAUUUGCGAUAAAUGAUUAAUUGCAAGA